GCAAAAACAAAAUUUCACAAAAAAUUUUGAUAUCAAAUCGUAUUUUUAAACGCUGCCGCUUAUAUUUUAGUACAUAUAAUCACACAUUUCGAAAGAAACCAAAUGCGCUACUAUUUAUACGACGAGGUGGCCUUACACAAUAAAAAGGAUGAUUUCUGGGUUGUGAUACAUGGAAAUGUGCUUGAUUUGACGCCACUUUUAAGAGACCGCUAUGAUCACUGGAAUAGCAACCUAGAGUAUCUGCUUGCCUUUGGCGGCAAAGAUAUCUCGCAUUUCUUCGAGGAGUCAUUCAUGCCGAAAACCGAAACGUCGCCUGUAACGGGACGACCACGUCUGCUAUUCCCGCCAAUUCUAGAAACCGCGCUUAGUGAAAUGUGCAAGACAAGUGGCAAAAUGUGGAGUCAAGACCCCAUGUAUCAUAUCGGACGCCUGACGAGGCGCGAUCGGCGCGUGCGCAUAAUCAACACGCUCACUGGCACCACACAGCUGAUGAAGGUCUGCGAUGAGGACAGCAUUUAUGAUAUAAAACACAAAUACAAGCAGUUAUAUAAUCAUCAUGCGGGUAGUUAUGCGUGGCGAAAGUUCUCAAAUCGGGGUCAAUGCGGUGGUAAGUUAAAUCUGAAAGGCACACUCGAUGAAAACGGUCUGAUUGAGGAGGAAUGUCGCUAUGAUUUGCCACCUCCAUCGAUUUGGUUGUACUACACCAAUGAUGUGACUAUUGCUUGAAAAUUAUAUUAAAUUCUGUUUGAGAGGUAACUUUUCAUUUGGAAUUAAGAUUUGUUGUAAAUAUUACAAAUUUUGUGAAAAUACUCAAAAAUACUAACAAAAUGUAAUAAUUU